GCGUUUUCCGGUGACGACAACAGUCUGCGCCACUUAUCUCAACUUUUGCUGUGUAAUCUGCACAGUCAAGGCUACGAGACGUCUGCUAUUUCAGAUUAUUAUAUAAAUCUUUCAGCUCAUACCUGUUAUACACAAAAUGGAAUAUUUAAUCGGGAUACAGGGACCUGAUUUCGUCCUCGUCGCCGCAGAUAACAUUGCAGCCAGCAGCAUCAUUCAGAUGAAACAUGACUAUGACAAGAUGUUCAAACUAAGUGAGAAGAUUUUGAUGCUGUGUGUCGGAGAAGCGGGAGACACUGUACAAUUUGCAGAGUACAUCCAGAAGAAUGUUCAGCUCUACAAAAUGAGGAACGGUUACGAACUCAGUCCUGCAGCAGCAGCAAACUUCACACGAAAGAAUCUUGCAGACUACCUUCGGAGCAGGACUCCAUAUCAUGUGAACCUGCUGCUGGCGGGCUACGAUGACACAGACGGCCCGGGUCUCUACUACAUGGACUACCUGUCUUCCCUGGCCAAGGCCCCCUUCGCUGCACACGGCUACGGAGCCUACCUCACUCUCUCCAUUCUUGACCGGCACUACAGACCAGAUCUGACCCGAGAUGAGGCAGUGGAUCUGUUGAAGAAGUGCAUCGAGGAACUGAACAAGCGCUUCAUCAUGAACCUUCCCUCCUUCAGCGUUCGUUUGAUUGACAAGACGGGCAUCCAUGACCUGGAGAAGCUCACCUCUAGCGCCAAGUGACCGCUCACUGCUUAACUAUCAACCCUCACGCCCUCGUUUCGCUUUCUUUUUUUUUUUUUGUACCGUUGACCUCCUUGCUCUUUCUGUUCCAAUAAAAAGUGACACACAGUUGAGAUACAA